CCAUUGACGAAUCGUUCUUGGCGCUUGCUGCACCCAACAGCGUGUGUGUGCAGGACAGCAUUUUGCCGCAGAUAAUUCAGUAUCAUGCUGGCCUCGCUCUGGGAUCACCAUCGCUUUUUGUGCUAGACCUCGCUCAGCUCACACGUUGUGGCCUUGCUCCUCGGUGAUCGCUGUGGCCUAGCGCACCUAGUGCCACGACGCUAGUGCUGGUGUGCCGCGCUGUGCCGCGCUCUAGCGCCGUGUCGUGUCGUAAUGACUCAACCUAGUAGUAAAGCGCACAUGUUCGCCGAGGCCGCGAUGCCGCGUUUCGCGGCGAAUUACGCGCCGCUAACCCCGCUAGCGUUCCUCGAGAGGGCGGCGCGGGUGCACCCCGAGUCGCCGUCCGUGAUCUACGGCCGGCGGCGCUUCACGUGGUCGCAGACGUUCCUCCGCUGCUGCCAGCUCGCGGCGGCGCUGGAGCGCGCGGGCGCGCGCAAAUACGACCGCGUGGCGGUGCUUGCGCCGAACGUGCCCGCCAUGUACGAGGCGCAGUUCGGCGUGCCUCUAACGGGGGCUGUGCUCGUGUCUGUCAACGCCCGCCUCGAUGCCGCCUCUGUUGCGCGCAUUCUGGCGCACAGCGAUAGCAAGUUUCUCCUAGUGGACCAACACUUGGCGUCUCUCGCCCUCUCCGCGCUCUCCCUUCUCCCCACCACAGCCUCACCCACUCACACCGUCCACGUCCGACCAAAAGUUGUGCUUAUAGCGGAUGGCGAGGAGCCGUCAUCUGCUGACAUGGCGGAUCCGGGCGGCGAGCAGGCAGAUAUAGAGGGUUUGGGAGCGGUAGGGGAGUAUGAGGAGUUUAUUGCCUCCGUGCCGUUUGUUGGGCCUGUGGGUGGGGCUCAGCUUGCCACUGCUCUUGCUGCUGCUGCUGCUGCUGCUGCUGAUGGUGGUGUUAUUACGUCUGCUGCUGAUGAUGGUGCUAAUGGUGCUGAUAGUGGUGAUAGUGUUGAUGCCUUCGCCUCACGCCCGCAGCUGCUCCCUCUCGUCGCUGACGUUGCGAAUUCUGACUGGUGGGCGUCGCACCUACCGCAGGACGAGCAGGACCCCAUAGCUCUCAACUACACCUCAGGCACCACGUCAGCGCAGCCCAAGGGGGUGGUCUAUUCCCACCGCGGCGCUUACCUAAACGCGCUAAGUGCCGUGCUCAUGGUGCAGCUGCGCACGCACGCCGUUUUUCUACUAUCAGUCCCGCUUUUCCACUGCAACGCGUGGUGUUUCUGCUGGUCGCUGCCGUCUGUCUCCGGCACGGGUGUGCUUAUAAGGAACGUGACUGCACGGGCGAUCUUUGCAGCAGUGGCUGAAAGGAGGGUUGAGGUGAUGGUGGGAGUGCCAGUGGUGCUGAACCUGAUGGUUAACGCAGCCGACCAGGAUAAGGCGUUGCUGGGUGCGAGUCGAGGAGGGAGAAAUGGGGAGAGUUACAAAGAUGAGCAACCGCAUAGGGUUACCAGCAGGGUUACAGUCCUCACAGGAGGUGCCCCUCCUCCUGCCGCCAUCUUGGCUCACAUGGAGCAACUGGGGUUCGAUGUCAUCCACUCGUACGGGUUAACCGAGACGUACGGCCCGGCCAUGUUCUGCGACUGGAAGCCACACUGGGACGCCCUCCCCCUGCCCAAACGAGCCAGAAUCAAAUCCCGGCAGGGCGUACGGCAUAUCGGGCUGCAGAGCGCUGCAGUGCUGGACCGGGCGACGCUCCGGCCUGUGCCUAUGGAUGGGGUGACUAUAGGGGAGGUGGUGUUUCGGGGGAACACAGUGAUGAGGGGGUAUUUACAUGGGAGAGAGGAGACACAAGUUGCAUUUGCCGGUGGCUGGUUUCGCUCUGGUGAUCUGGCGGUGGUGCAUGGGGACGGGUAUGUGGAGAUUAAAGACCGGUCUAAGGAUAUUAUUAUCUCUGGAGGGGAGAAUAUUAGCAGUAUUGCAGUGGAAGGGGUGUUGUACCGGCAUGCAGCAGUGAUGGAGGCAGCUGUGGUGGCUAGGCCGGAUGACAUGUGGGGGGAGACUCCCUGUGCUUUCGUGGCCCUCAAACCUGGUUACAGGGUUACCAGUAAAGCCCCGACUGAUGCUACGAUGGCUGGUGUUAGAGAGGAUGCUAGCAGUGCAGGGGGGUCUGAGCAGGUGGUAUCUGAGGAAGAUAUUAUUCUGUUCUGCAGGGAGCACUUGCCCCAUUUCAUGGCUCCCAAGAGCGUUGUUUUCGGCCCGCUGCCCAAGACUGCAACGGGCAAGAUCCAAAAGUUUCAGCUGCGGGAGCGAGCAAAGCAGCUGGGGUCGCUACCUUGGAGGGAGCACAGGAGCAAGCUGUGAGGGGUGGAGAGGGGUGGAGAGAGGGGGGGAGAGAGGGGGGGAGAUAGGGGGGUAGAGGGUAGAGGGGGAGGGCGACAGGGCAGUGUAGAGUCUUGAGACUCUCAAAGCAGCUGGGGUCGACGCCUUGGAGGGAGCACAGGAGCAGGCUGUGAGGGGCGGAGAUGGGGGGGGUGGCAAGGCGACAGGGUGUUGAGAGACGUUUCAGGGCAGCUGGGGUCGCUGCCUUUGAGAGAGCACAGGAGCAAGCUGAGAGGGGUGAAUACACGGAGGGGGACAUGGCUUUCUUGAAACUUGGACUUCAGGGCUGCGAGGUUACCAACCACGCUGGAAAUGUUUGAGUUAU